ACGACCUUGCCUCGCCUCCUCUGCUCUCUUAAUUCUUAAAGCUUCUAUCUCUCUGCUUCUUGAUCGGGACGGCAAUGGCGAAGGGCGGGCUGAGCAAGCUCAAGUGCAUGAUCAAGAGGUGGCACUCCUCGAGCAGGAUCUCGCGCACGCCAACGGGUUGCUCGGCGCGCUCGCACGACAGCGCCGGCGCCGGCUUCGUCCUGGAGGACUCGUGGAGGCGGGGCGUCGCGCCCUCGUCGGUCGUCGCCAUCGGCGGAGGAGGCAGGGGGUCGGUGUCGUUCCACGGCGCGGACGGCGUGCCCCCGGGCCUCCACCCUGUGUACGUCGGCAAGUCGCGCCGCCGCUACCUCAUCGCCGCGGACCUCGUCGGACACCCCCUGUUCCAGAACCUCGUCGACCGCUCGGGCGGAGCCGGCGUCGGCGCCGGCGGCACCGUCGUGGGCUGCGAGGUCGUGCUGUUCGAGCACCUCCUCUGGAUGCUCGAGAACGCCGACCCGCAGCCGGAAUCGCUCGACGAGCUCGUCGAGUACUACGCGUGCUGACCGCCUAGCUGCUCACGGAGGAAUGCCGGCCGCGCGCGGCGGCGCCGAGGCCGAGCUCGCCGGAGUCGAGGGGUAAUUUGGGUAAUCUGGUUAUUUAUUUCUUAAGGUUAGGGGUAGAGUUGUAAUAUACGCCAGGUUGCGAGGGCGAGGAGUAAGACAUGUGGAGAUUUAGUUAACCUUGGGGUGUUUGUGGUGAUUAUCUCGAGAUUAGCCGUGUAAUCGCCGUGCGCCCAAGACAAUGCCCUCUCGGGGCAGUUAAUUACUUCUCUAAUGUAAUGGCUUGCAUGCUGCUUCUUCUUCUUCUGCUAUUUCUUUUGAGCAGAAUUGAAUAAGGUUUUAGGCUUUUAGGAAUGGAUGCAUUCAUGUACAUUUUCAUCAGUGUAUAAAGUCCAUGCCCAUUUCUUUCU